AUGGAGGUUGAGGAGGCGACACAGGAGGGCGAAAAAGGACGAGGGGUAUUGAGCCUAAUGCCCCACUAUGAUCAACUGGUUCGGUGGGUCAGGGAGGAGGGUUGGGCAAUAACAAUAAAUGCAUUGCCACCCGAACUGGGUGGCCACUCAAUAUCAGCACAUUGUGAAUCACCAAAAUAUUCGUCGACAACAUUCUCAACGACCGAUGCGUUCUUCCAUUUCAGUACCACGUAUAUUGUUGAGUUCACGUUGCAGUGUGCCAAUAACCCAAAGGACAUGGCAAUCUAUGGGACUGUUAACGGAAAAGCGUAUCAAGCAGCUGUUUUGGAAGAAACUUCUAAACAUCAAAUCUCAUGGCAGUUAGACCACGAGCAAUCGGGUGCACAAACAUUCAACGUGAACAUAUAUGAUGAAGAUGGUUAUGCUUCAUUCCGAAAGGCUGAACGAAAUAGUGAAGAUCCAAACAAAGUGAAACCAUUAUUCACAAUUGAAUUUAAGCAUCCAGGCGUCUCCAAGGCAUCGCCGAUCGCUUCCGAAACUGUUGUGACAUUAGUGGCGUUAGCCUGGUUGUACAUUGCGUAUAGUUUCAAGAGUCAGCUGCUGGCUUAA